GCCAUCAUGACAAGGUUAGCCUCUUGGAAAUACGAUGUCUUCAUCAAUUUUAGAGGUGAGGAUACGCGUUAUGGUUUUACAGGAAAUCUGUAUCAUGCUCUAAUGCAAAAGGGAAUUUGGGCCUUCAUGGAUGAUGAAGAGCUAGAACAAGGAGAUGAAAUCAUGCCAACACUUCUCCAAGCAAUUGAAAAUUCUAGAAUGGCUAUUGUUGUAUUUUCUAACACUUAUGCUUCUUCAACAUAUUGUCUCAAUGAACUUGUCAAGAUCCAUCAAUGCGUUAAGGGGAAGGAUCAGUUGGUUUUGCCCAUAUUUUAUGACGUGGAUCCAUCAGAGGUGCGACAUCAAAAAGAGAAUUAUGGACGUGCAUUGACUAUGCAUAAAAGAAACUUCAGGGCUAAUGAAAGGAAGAUACAAGCUUGGAAGCUCGCACUAAAUGAAAUAGCUAAUCUUUCUGGCUUCCCUCAUAAUCCCAGGAAAGAUUAUGAACAUAAGUUGAUCGAGAGAAUUGUGGAUGAAAUAUCAAAAAUAAUUAAUAGGGUUCUUUACUCUCUACCUAAACAUCAUGUUGGAAUAGUGUCUCGGGUGCAAGAAAUAAACACUCUUUUACAAAUUGGGUCAAAUGACAUGGUCAACAUGGUAGGAAUUUGUGGAAUUGGAGGGAUAGGUAAAACAACAAUAGCACGUGCGGUGUGCAAUUCAAUUGCUGGUAAUUUUGACAAUGUGUGCUUUCUCCCUGAAAUUAGAGAAGAUGCAAGGAAAAAAGGCCUGGAAGGAAUUCAAGAGAAAAUGCUUUCAAAUAUUGGAGUGGGCGUCAAAAUAGAAGAUGCUGAAAAAGGUGUUGAAAUAAUAAAACUCAGAGUCAAACAAAAGAAAAUUCUUUUGAUUUUGGACAAUGUUGACAAAAUAUGAGCAAUUAGAAAAACUAGCCGGCGAGAGCAGUUGGUUAAGUGUUGGGAGUAGGAUCAUUAUAACAACAAGAGAUAAACAUUUACUUACAAGACAUGAAGUUGAAAGAAUUUAUGAUAUUCAGGCAUUCAAUUAUGAAGAAUCUUUUACAUUAUUGAAUUCAAAUGCCUUUAAAAGUAACCCAGCAAAUCCGAAGUACCUAAAGGUUUUGAAUCAUGCAAUAGCUUAUGCGCAAGGCCUUCCACUAGCCCUUGAAGUAAUAGGUUCUAACUUAUGUGGAAAGAUUAUUAAUGAGUGGGAAUCAAUGUUAGACGUAUAUAAAAGAAUUCCACCUAAUGACGUUCAACAAAAAUUGAGAGUGAGCUAUGACGGCUUAGAUCAAGUUGAAAAAGAUAUAUUCCUUGAUAUUGCUUGUUUUUUCAAAGGGAAAGAUUUGGAAUAUGUCAAACAUAUGGUGGAAGUAGUUCAUGACUAUGAUGACCUAAGUUAUUUUAUUAGAGUGUUGGUGGACAAAUGUCUUGUAAAGAUUGAGAAUUGUUGUAUUGAAAUGCAUGAUUUGAUACAAGAUAUGGGAAGAGAAAUUGUUCGCCAAGAAUCAACGAAAGAGCCAGGAAGACGUAGUAGAUUAUGGUAUUAUCAUGAUAUUGUUCAUGUUUUAGAAGACAAGACAGUAAGUAAUCAAGAUUAUCUACUUUUUCUCUGUCUUAUAAUUUUAUUGACAAAACAUUAAGUAACUAAAAUUAUCUACUUUUUCUCUGUCUUAUAAUUUUAUUGUUCUUUCACAAUUUCUUGGAAGAGUUCAUUUUGUUGAUGAGAUUUAUAUUUAUUUUUCUUGUAAUGUGAAGUUAUUCACUCAUGCUUUUGUUUUAUAAAUUGAAUGAAUAGAAUUAAAUAAAUAAAUGGAUUUUUCUGUCUAGUUGGGUCUUCGGGGUAGUUCUAAGGGAGAAUGACAGUUAGGUCUCAAAACAAUGAAUUAACACCAAUUAAGUCCUUGACAAAUUUUUUUGAAAUGUCAAUUGAAAAUAUCGAUC